AUGUCCAACCGGCAAACACUAUAUAAGCGAACGGUUCUUGUCACCCACGGCAACGCCCUCCUAUCGGAAGCACUUUGCGAGGAACUGAUCGAAACGCACCGCUGUCAGGUUGUCUACGUCUCGACCAGUGAGCAACUGGCUAAGUUGCAGCAAUUGAACAGAGCGGUGAAGGUGUUUGACUGCAAUCUUACCAACAGGCAACGAGUUGCGGAACUAGCAACCGACUUGUACGAACAAUGUGAUCCCAUAAAUUUAAUAAUCCAUCAAGAUGUCGCCUUAGAAGGUUCCACUGGCAGACAGGAACAGUUCGUAAGUCAAUUGUCCGAUGAUAUUUUGGGAUUUGUACACAUUCUCACCAGUUUUGUCCCGGCGAUGCUCCGGCACGGAGGAGGACGAAUCGUUUCUAUAAAAAAUACCAUAAGCGCUGCCAAAGCUCUCGUUGAUACUCAGUCUGAAUAUUACGAUCUCGUCAAAAGCAUUUCUCACUCAUCCCAAGAAUCAUCGGCCGGGUCAGAUCCAGACAGCAUUCUUCUAUCGACCGUUUACUGCGAACAGAAUGAGUUCACUAAAGCACCGCAGAAGCCAUCCAUGACCAGCACGAAUCUUACAUUCAACCUUAAUCUUACCGAACGUGAGCUUGCACAACGGAUCCUAGCGGGAAUUAAAUCGGAAAAGCGGAUCGUGCAAGUCAGCGCACGGCGUAGUUUGUUCGAGCUUUGUUCAAAUAGCCUAACGCAACUAGCCUUCGCCGGAUUGGGCAAACUACAACUACGGAAAACUCAAAAGAUUCCCAUCAAGGUACAAUAA